AUGUCAUGCGAAGAUUUUCAGCAUAUUACUGCAAAACUAGAUGGUACUAAUUACACUCACUGGUUUUUCCUUAUGAAAAGCUUUCUCAAAGGCAAAAGCAUGUGGAAAUACAUAGAUGGGACAGAAACAAAACCCAAAGAAUCUACCUCUAUCAUCAAAGAUAAGGGAACCGAAACAUUAGCAAGUAGUCUUGAAACCUGGGAGACAAACAAUCACAAGAUCCCGACUUGGAUUGGCAACACAUUGAUUACUUCAAUAAGUAUGCAACUUACAAGUUUUGAAGUUGCUAAAGAUGCUUGGGACUUUUUCUCAAAAAGGUACACACAAAUUAACUUUGCUCAAAGAUACAAACUUGAACAAGAUAUUCGUUCUAUGAAGCAACCAUUAAAUCAAUCGAUUUCUAACUUUCACUCUGAGAUGUAUGUGAUUUGGAAUCAACUUGCACUUAUGGAGCCAAAAUGGAUAAAUGAUUUGGAAAUAUGGGAAAAAUAUAGAGAAGAUACAAGACUGGUUAAACUCUUGAUGGCCCUAUGA